AUGUGCUCCACUGGAUGCUGUUCCACGGGAUGCUGCUCUGUCGUGAAGAGCAAGACCGUGUGCUGCAGUCCCUGCAAGACGGUGUGCUGCAGCCCCUGCAAGACUGUGUGCUGCAGCCCCUGCAAGACUGUGUGCUGCAGCCCCUGCAAGACCGUGUGCUGCAGCCCCUGCAAGACCGUGUGCUGCUCCCCGUGCCAGCAAUCCUGCUGCUGCGACCCGUGCCAGAAGCCAUGCUGUGACCCGUGCCAGUCCUGCUGUGACCCGUGCCAGAAGCCAUGCUGUGACCCAUGCCAGUCCUGCUGUGACCCGUGCCAGUCCUGCUGUGACCCAUGCCAGAAGCCAUGCUGUGACCCAUGCCAGUCCUGCUGUGACCCGUGCCAGAAGCCAUGCUGUGACCCGUGCCAGUCCUGCUGUGACCCGUGCCAGAAGCCCUGCUGUGACCCGUGCCAGUCUUGUUGUGACCCGUGCCAGAAGCCGUGCUGUGACCCGUGCCAGUCCUGUUGUGACCCGUGCCAGAAGCCGUGCUGUGACCCGUGCCAGACUGUCUGCUGUGACCCGUGCCAGAAGCCCUGCUGUGACCCAUGUCAGAAGCCCUGCUGUGACCCGUGCCAGAAGCCAUGCUGUGACCCGUGCCAGUCCUGCUGUGACCCAUGCCAGAAGCCAUGCUGUGACCCGUGCCAGUCCUGUUGUGACCCGUGCCAGAAGCCGUGCUGUGACCCAUGCCAGUCCUGCUGUGACCCGUGCCAGAAGCCAUGCUGUGACCCGUGCCAGUCUUGUUGUGACCCGUGCCAGAAGCCAUGCUGUGACCCGUGCCAGUCCUGCUGUGACCCGUGCCAGAAGCCGUGCUGUGACCCCUGCCAGUCCUGCUGUGACCCGUGCCAGUCCUGCUGUGACCCAUGCCAGAAGCCCUGCUGUGACCCAUGCCAGUCCUGCUGUGACCCGUGCCAGAAGCCGUGCUGUGACCCGUGCCAGUCCUGCUGUGACCCGUGCCAGUCCGUGUGCUGCACCAAGGUGUGCCAGAAGUCGGUGUGCUGCGUCCCCCGGCCCUGCUGCUGCCCCUGCGGGUCCCUGUCCUGCUGCUCCUGCGUGGUGAAGAAGCCGGUGAUGGUUUGCUGCACCCCGGUGAGGAAGUACUGCACGCCCUGCAUCCCCAUCCAGCAGUGCUGCGCCAGCCUCAAGAAGAGCUGCUGA